AUGACCAACUUUGGCGUGUCGCGCGAUCUUAUCGACGACACCAUCUUUGGCAAGAUCGUUCCCGGAGUUGGACUGACCCUCGUCGUGGGAAACAUCUAUUACUCCUGGCAAGCGGUCCGUCUCACUACCUUGCACGGACGCCAGUACACUGCGCAGCCCUAUGGUCUCAACACGGUCGGAAUUUUUGCGUUUAUCUUCAACAUUAUCUACCCCGUAUACUUCACUUCCGUGGACGCCGUGGGGCCCUCCGAGGCUUUCUUGACCGCGUACAAAGUGGCCAUUGCCGCUAACUUUAUUACCGGUCUACUGUCCGUCGUUUUUGGUAUCAUUGGACCCACACUCCUCCGCAUGAUCCCCCCGGCCGCUCUUUUGGUACCGAUUGCCGGGAUCGGAUUCAGCUUCCUGGGCCUCGAACAGCUUACGACAACCCUGGCCGCCCCAUUGGUAGGAUACUUGGCAAUCAUGUGGGUGUAUCUGGGAUGGUACGCGGGCGUCAAGAUUGGUUGGGGCAAAUUCCGCAUCCCCGAAGCGGUCACCGUCAUUUUGGUCGGAGUCGUCAUGGGAUGGAUCACGGGCUUGAAUGACGCGUCGGCGGUCCGCAGUGCUUCCAAGCUUGUCAAGUGGUCGGCUCCGGUCUGGUCCGGGGACGAUCUCUUUGCCGGUACAUUGUCGACAGCUCACUCCAAUCCUUGUUCGUCGUCGCUCUCCUUUUCCAGGUGCCUCGUGAGUGCUAAGGAAGCGGGCGAUCCUUACCCUGUCCGGGAGACGAUGAUCAUUGAUGGCAUUGGUACCUGCAUUGCUUCAUUUUUCGGUAGUCCGUUUGGUACCGUUAUUUAUGUCGGUCAUCCCGCUCACAAGCGUUCGGGUGCGACUGUCGGGUACUCUUUUUACAACGGAUUCUUGUACUUGAUCUUCUGUUUGACGGGCAUCCUAGCGUUGAUUCAGAGUAUCGUGAACCAGGCAACCGUCGGACCCAUCGUUUUCUUUGUUGGUCUCAUGAUCAACGAGGAAGCCCUCAAUUUUAUGCCUUCUCGCCACUAUUCGGCGUACAUCAUCGGUCUCUUUCCAAGCAUCUACGACUGGUUAGUCAACGUAUCGAAUCGUUCACCACUCGAGGGUUUCGCGCGGGAUGGGAGCUACGAGGGCAGCUGGAAUACCGAACUACCGCCAGGAUCGUCCGGUUUCAUCGGUGUGCUGUCCUGGAAACGCGGAUCGCUGCUUGUUUCGAUGGUUUGGGUCGCCAUGAUUGUCAUGGUGCUGGAUCGCAAGUGGAACAUGGCAAUUUUGUGGGCUAUCAUUGGUUCCCUUUUUGCCUUGUUUGGCAUCAUCCAC